AUGGAAUCACAUCGAAAUGAUUUUGAUCAAAUAACAGUUCAUGGUCAUCAUUUAUCUGGUCAAUGUGAUGGACAAACAUCUUCGAAAAUCAAUGAAAUAACACAUCGUAUUCAACAACGAUGGACAAUUGUUCAACAACGUUUACAAGAAAUAAUUAAACCAUCACGAGAAGUUGUUGAUAUUUGGAGACAAUUUAAUAAUUCUUAUGUUCAUUUACUUGAUCGACUUGGCGAACUUGAAGGAAGAUGGUAUGCGAUACAGCGAGAAAAAUUUACUUCAGAAAUUGAUUCACUAUUCGAUAAAUCUAAAGAUUUUCAACAACGUAUUGAACAACUUGAUUUAGAAGUUACUAAAUUAAAUGAAUGUGCAAAAAAAUUAAACGAUUAUUUACCUCCUAUAGCAGCUAAAAAGAUCGAUACUCAAUAUUCUGUUAUUAAAAAUCAAUAUUCUGAAUUACAAAAUUUUCAAAAUAAACUUUUAAGUGAUUGUAAUGAAUUAAAACAUCGUGAAAAACUCUAUUUAGAUUAUUUAAAUGAACUUACACAAGCUAUUAAUCAAGCACAAACAACACUUAAAUCACAAAAACUUACAGAUGAAAAUGAAAAUUUUAAUUUAAAACAACUUCAUGAACUUGAUAAUCUUCUACAAUCAAAACAUAAUCUUAUUGAACAUUUAAAUUCAAAUGAAUUUAUUUUAUAUAUGAAACGAGGUAAACAUUUACAUGAACUUCUUAUUGAAUAUACACAUUGUAUUGAACUAAUAAAAACACGUAUAAAACAAAUUGAAAUAAAUGAAUAUAAUAAAUUAAAUUUUGAUAAACGUUGUCAAAAAUGGAAUGAUUAUAUUCAAGCUAUUGAACAAAAUUUAUCUGUUAUACAAGAAAAUAUUCAUACAAAUUAUCAUGGUUUAAUUGAAAUUGAUACAAAUUUAUCUAAUACAAUUAAUGAUUUUAAUCAAAGACAACAAGAAUUAAAAGAAUUAAUUAAUGAAGGUAAACAAAUUAUUGAUAAUCAAAAUAUUUUUAUUAAACUUGAACAACGUUGGCAAAAUAUAAUGAAUACUGUUUUAAAUAAACAAAAAGAAAUAAAAGAAUUAAUUAAACAUUGGUUAUCAUAUCAAAAUUAUUUAGAAAAUUAUUAUCGUUUAUUAAAAAGUAAAUGUGAAAUAGAACAAAAAGAAUUACAAACAGCAACUAUUAAUAUAAUCAGUCAAAUAAAACAAGGUUCAUAUACAACAAUUAAUCAAAAUGAAGAAUUAAAAAAUUUAUUAGAAAAAAUUUAUGAAACAAAUCGACGUUUAAUUAAACAUGCAGAUGCUAAAACACAAGCAAUUUUAGAAAAAGAAUUAAAUGAUUUACAUAAAGCAAUUCAUGAUAUUGAUAUUAAUAUUAAACAAAAACGUGAAACACUUGUUACAUUACUCCUUCGAUAUAAUGAACUUGAUCGAACAUUAGAUGAAUUAAGUACUAUUAUAAAAUCAAUUCGUUCACUUCAACAACAAUCAACCGAUGAUUUUGAUCAAUUUCUUGUACAAUGUCAAAAUAAAAAUCGUGAACUUACACAACAUCGAACAGAAUUACAACGUGUUCGACAAGCUAUAACUGAUAUAUCUUCUGAUCUACAUCCUGAUGAUACACGGCAAUUAAUACAAAAAUUAAAUUUACUUGAAAUUCAAUGGACUGAUGCUGAACGUACUUUAACAGUGUUAAUUGAUAGUCUUACAAAACGACGUUCAGAAUAUCAAGAUUUUGAAAAUAAAUUUGUUCGAUUUAUUCAAUGGUUUGAAAAUUUUCUUAAUAAUGAAAUAAGUCAACGAUUAGAUGGUUUAACAAUCCAAUCAACUCUUGAAAUUUUAAAAAAUGAUAUUAGAAAUAUUAUUACAGAUAAAAGAAAAUAUGUUAAUGAAUUAUUAAUUCAAGGACGUCUUUUACAAUCACAAUCAACUGAUCAAACACAAUUACAAACAAUUAAACAAAAAAUUGAACAAUUAGAACAUAUUAUGGAUACUGUUGAACAGCAUGUUGAGAAAAGAAUUAAAAAAACAGAAAUUACUUACAAAAUGUUUAAUGAUUUUGAACAAGGUUUUGAAAAUAUCCGUUCAUGGAUGGAUACAAUUGAAGCAAAUUUACAACGAACAUUAACGACACAAACUGCGAAUGAAUUUCAUAUUCAUCAACAAUCAAUUGCUACAAUCGAAACGGAUAUUGAAAAGCAUAGUACUGUUAUUAGUAAUCUUCUUGCACUUGGUCAUAAUUUAUUAAAUGAAACUGAUAUUUCUCAACGAAAUAUUGAUUCAUUAUCACGUACAAUUCAGACAUUAGAACAACGUUGGUUAUCAUUAAAAGAAUUAAUAAUGAAACGAAAAUUUGAAUUAGAUAAUAUUCAUGUUUCAUGGCGAAGUAUUGAUGAAGCUAUUAAUCGUGUAUCAAAAAUGAUUAGUGAUCAUGAACGUUUUCUAACGGAAGUUAAACGAGCAAGUGGUGAUGGUUUACAAGGUGUUCGUAAUGAAUAUAAAAGUCUUGAGAAUUUUAAAAGAACAUUAGAUCAUGAUGAUAAAGAAAUUCAACAAAUAGCAAAUAGUUAUUCUGAAAUUCUUCGUUUAUAUCCAACAACUGAUUCGAAUAAUGAAAUGCGUAUUAGAAUAAAAGAUCUUAAUCAUCGUUGGGAAACAUUAAAUGGAACAGUUCAUGAAACGCUAAAACAUCUUAAAUAUAUGUUGAGUGUUCAUGGUGAUUUUCAAUUAACUCAAGAUUCAUUAGUACUUUGGUUAACAGAUCUUGAUGUACUUUUAACAAAUCUUGAACAUUUAUCGGAAGCAUCAACAAAUGAAAAAAUUCGACAAUUAGAUGAUAUGGAUCGUGAAAUUCAAGAAAAACAAGCAAAAAUUGAAUAUGUUCAAAAAUGUGCUAAUUAUUUACUUAAUAAAACUGUUGAUGCUCGUGGUUUAACAAUAAAUAUGAAUGAAUUAGCUAAAUUUCUUCAACAAUUAAGAAAUUUAACAAAGCGUAUUAGAAAAUUAAAACAAAAUUUAAUGAAUCCAAGUGAUCAUCAUUUGGAUUUAAUGAGUUCAGCACGUGUUUCACCAGUUCGUACAUCUACAUCACCAACACGUAAACGUUUAGCUUCUCCAUCACCAACAAGAUCUCGAUCUCCAAAUCGUUAUCUUCGUAAUCGAGAUCGUUUUCUUUGUUCAUAUGAUAAAAUUGAAUUGGAUGAUUGUCGUCAACGUGCAGAUAAACUUUUAGCUGAUUUUGAAGAUAUUCUUCUUCAAAUUAAUGCAGAUUUUCGCUCGAAAGAAGAAAGUCUUCAUUCUUCAACACCAAUUGGUAUUCAAAUUGAAAAUUUACCUAUGGAUUUUACUUAUAAUCGAAUAUUAACAUCAUCUCGAAGAAAAAUUGAUACAUUACGUGAAUUUAUUCUUCAAAUAAAACAAGAAUUAGGUGCAUACUUAAUUCAAGAUUUGAAUAAUGAUCCAAUUGUACUUGAUAUCAUGAAUAAAUGGACUCAUUUACAAGUUUUAGCUAAUGAUAAAGAUGAUCAAUUAAAUCAAAAUCAUCAACAAUGGAGACAUUUUAAACGACAAUUAGAAGAUCUUGAACAAUCAGCUCAAGAAUUUACAAAUUCUGAUUAUUUAUUAUCACGAACAAUUUAUUCCAAAUCUGAUGUAAAUCAACGAUUAGAUGAAUUUGAAAUACUUUUAAAAUCAACUAUUGAUUUAGCAGACAAAUUUAAUGAUAAUUCAAAUGAAUGGAUAAUUAUUGAACAUCGUCUUCAAUCAAUAAAAGAUAAAUUUCAAUAUUUAUUAACUAAAUCAAAUCGUCAAUAUCGAGAAUUAAAAAUAAAUACAGAUAUAAAACAUGAAAUAUUAGAAAUAAAUUCUCAAUUAGAUCAUCUUGAAACAUUAGCACAUUCAUUAGAACCAAUUGAUCAUAAUGAAAUAAAUCAAAAUAUAAAUCGAACAAAACUUCAUCGUUUUAUUCGUAUUCAUGAUGAUCUUGAAAUUCUUAAUGAACGUUUAAUUAAGAUUAAUGAUAAUUCAUUAUCGAUUUUAUCACAUGAUCAAAUACGUCAAACAAAUGAUUUUAAAUUAUUAUUUGAUCGUUUAAAUUCAAUAAAACAUAUUGUUAGAAUUUAUCUUGAUCAAUUAGAAAAAUUAUUAGCACAAAAUGAAAUAAAUCAAAAUUUUUCAUUAUCGAAUUUUUCACAAUUACGAACAUCAAAUAAUAAUUUUCCAGUAAAACAAAAAUAA